AGCUGCUCAAAAUUUCUGUUUCUUGACAUUCAAGACGAACAUUGACAAGUAUAUUUCUUUUCCUCAAUGGGCUACACUCUUUGUGUUAUAGGAUGCGGCACUAUGGGCAUCGCCAUUCUGUCUGGUGUCGUUGACAGUCUCGAUGUGCACUCUCGCGUCCCAGCUGCACUGCAGAAAUGGGAGUCACAUACUCCGGGAACUAUGACUCCAGUGGGAUCACCGGAUGCAUCUACUCCAACCCGAUUUAUCGCUUGUGUGAGCCAAACUAAAAGCGCUGCUAAACUCAGGACAGUAUUCGACGGUCUUGGGCUUAUGGGUAAAAGUAUCGAAGUCGUGGCCUCGAAAAAUGUAGACGCUGUAAAGCAGUCUGAUGUUAUUCUACUUUGCUGCAAGCCACAGCUUGCACAUUCAAUCCUCUCAGAGCCCGGGCUCAGUGAAGCCCUCGAAGGGAAACUCUUAAUCAGUAUUCUCGCUGGUGUCACCAUAUCGCAACUCACCACCUGGGUUCAUCCGCAAACCAGGGUCAUCCGCGCCAUGCCCAAUACACCUUGCAAGAUCCGCGAGGGCAUGACGGUUGUGUCAUCAAUUUCUGCCUCUGAAAAUAUGGAAGUGGAUCAUGCCAUAAUCCUUAAAAUUUUCUCUUCCAUUGGUCGAUGUCGUUUCUUGGAAGAAAAACAUUUUGAUGCUUGUACCGCACUUUCAGGUUCGGGUCCUGCUUUUGCAUGUAUCUUCCUGGAAGCUAUGGCAGAUGGAGGCGUUAUGAUGGGGCUUCCUAGGGCGGAGGCACUAGAAUUGGCAGCACAAACACUACAAGGGGCAGCCCGCAUGGUGCUUCAGGCUGGAGCUCAUCCUGCGCAGAUCAAAGAUUCUGUUACAACUCCGGGUGGAUGCACUAUUGCCGGUCUGCUGGCAUUAGAAGAUGGGAAAGUCCGUUCAACAAUAGCAAGAGGAAUUCAGAUAGCAACCGAACGAGCUAGUGAACUCGGUCAACCGGCCAAAGUAGUAGAUGGUCAGAUUUCGCUGAAGCUCUGGGCACAACAGCUCAAAGGCACGAGGGAGCAAAAAUUCAUUACCGAGAUGAUGCUGAUUUAUCUUGGUCACAAGCUGCACACGUGUUCGUCGCGCUGUAGCUUGCUAACAUUGGAAUUAUUCAAAAGUAUGAUUUAGGAUCUUACGGCUUUUUGCGAAUGCUAUGGAAGAAUUUUGUAAUACUGGCUGAUUUCUAUCUUCGAAAAAGACCAUAAAUUCAUCAGAAGACGACG